AAGAGUUUAUAUUCUUGUGUGUCAUGUAGUAGGGGAUGGUGGUGGGCCUGCGCCUGUGUGUGCGGUUCCCGACCUCCCGACGACAGUGGCGGUGGCUGAGGUUACACCUGUGACCCGCCUGCAAGAUACCUUUGAUGAUGCAGUAGAGGAGAGAGUCAUCAAUGAGGAGUACAAGAUAUGGAAGAAAAACACCCCUUUCUGUACGACCUGGUGAUGACCCAUGCCUUGGAAUGGCCCUCCCUCAGCCAGUGGCUGCCUGAUGUUACAAGACCUGAUGGCAAAGACUUCAGCAUUCACCGACUGAUACUAGGAACACACACAAGUGAUGAACAGAACCAUCUCCUCAUUGCCUCAGUUCAGCUGCCAAAUGAAGAUGCCCAGUUUGAUGCCUCUCACUAUGACAACGAAAAAGGAGAGUUUGGUGGCUUUGGCUCAGUCAGUGGAAAGAUCGAAAUAGAAAUUAAAAUCAACCACGAGGGAGAAGUAAACCGUGCUCGCUACAUGCCUCAGAAUCCAUGCGUCAUAGCCACCAAAACCCCUUCAAGUGAUGUACUUGUCUUUGACUACACAAAGCAUCCAUCAAAACCAGAUCCAUCUGGGGAGUGCCAUCCUGACCUAAGGUUACGUGGCCAUCAGAAGGAAGGAUAUGGUCUGUCUUGGAAUCCUAAUCUGAAUGGGUAUCUCCUGAGUGCAUCAGAUGAUCACACUAUCUGCUUGUGGGACAUUAAUGCAACUCCAAAGGAAAACAGAAUAAUUGAUGCAAAAACCAUAUUCACAGGACACACUGCUGUAGUGGAGGAUGUCGCCUGGCACCUCUUGCACGAGUCCCUCUUUGGUUCUGUGGCUGACGAUCAAAAGCUCAUGAUCUGGGACACUCGUGCAAACAACACUAACAAGCCAUCACACACAGUUGAUGCCCAUACAGCGGAGGUGAACUGCCUCUCCUUCAAUCCUUACUCUGAAUUUAUUCUUGCCACUGGAAGUGCAGACAAGACAGUUGCCUUGUGGGACCUGCGCAACCUCAAGCUGAAACUCCACUCAUUUGAGUCGCACAAAGAUGAGGUCUUCCAGGUUCAAUGGUCACCUCACAACGAGACGAUUCUGGCAAGUUCAGGCACAGACCGUCGCUUGCAUGUUUGGGAUCUGAGCAAGAUUGGUGAGGAGCAGAGUGCUGAGGAUGCUGAAGAUGGACCACCGGAAUUAUUGUUCAUCCACGGAGGCCACACUGCCAAGAUCUCCGACUUCUCCUGGAACCCCAACGAACCAUGGGUUAUUUGUUCUGUUAGUGAAGAUAAUAUCAUGCAGGUGUGGCAGAUGGCAGAAAACAUCUACAAUGAUGAAGAACCAGAAACUCCAGCCUCUGAGCUUGAGUCUGCAGCAUCUUAAGGUUGUCUCAGUAAUCUCCAUUACAUUAAGAUUUCUCUCCUUUUGCCCAUUGAUGUGUUGCUCUUAACUGUGAUUUGAUGUGACAUUUGCCAUUAAAUCUAGAUGCGGUUUUUAAAACACAUGCUAAUGAGCAAUUAUAAUGCAACACUUUUUAUGUUUCUCCCCUAGGGAGUCUGUAAAUGAUUAGGUUAGGGUUUGUUUUUAAGACUGUGUAGUCUUUGUUAGUGGAAAUUUAUAUCAAAUGUGAAGUUCAUGAUUUUUUUAUAUAUAUAUCAUUCCAGACCAUGUAUAAACUUUCCAGGAGAAGUAAUAGGAGUGCUGCAAUUAUUAUUUAAACUUGUGUAAAAUUAUGAUUCUUAAUAAAACCAGUGUAUGUGUAAA